CAAAUCCAAACCCUGGGAUUAUAUCAGUUGCAGUAAUAUCACCAAGAACAGAUCAUCCUUCAAGAGCACCAUAUAUUGGUCAUUGGGCUGUAGGUGUGACUUUUGAUGCAGUACAAUGGCACAAAAUGCAAUGGAAUGAGCACAUUAUUCUUGG